GACUGCCCGACUCCCCGUCUCUACCGCCGGACCUGCACGGCUCCACCCUCCAGAGUUUUGGACGUGCAAAACUACGAAAAACCAGGAGCAAAUUCGAUCAAAAGAAAAACACAAGAAAACGCAGCCCUAGUUUUCUUGUUGGUUAGAGUACCAAAUCUUGUCUGAUCGUGCUGAAAUUUUAGGAGGAGUCUAAGGACUCGUGGAGCUUCAAUCUGAACGGUGGAGAUCGAAUUUCAACGGUUCAAUCUCGAGUUAUGAGCUUCUGAACAUCCUGCAUAUUUUUGUAGAUCAAGAAGAAUCUUUAUUUGAAGGUCAAUUGGAAUCUACGUCCUUGAAGAAGAUCUUUGAGAAGGUGUAACAAGCCGUGGAGAUAGACGCAAACCGAGUUUGUCGUCAAGUCAUUCGUAAGUAGACAAAUCAAUACAUUAGAAGGUUCUGUUGUGAUUGAUUGUGUAAUUCUUACGGUGAUUUAGUGGAAGGGCUAUUACACGGACGUGGGCCUUGCAGACAAAUUCGAAAAUUAAAAUCAUAAGAGUUGAAGAAAUCUCAGUCCCUUAGAUGUUCGAUUUGCGAUCAUCCUCGCAAGUCACUACAGGUCUGUAUAGAGAUCAUCACAGAUGACUCUUCACACUCCGAUUAUUCAACAAAAUCAUGACAAUUUUCAACCUUUAAAUUAAUCUAGGAUUAUGAAGUAUCCGUAUCUUCUUUACCACGAUUAUCAAACAAAAUACACAAAAAUUCAAUACAGAAAUCCGAAAACUAAAAUCACAGGAGUUGAAGAAAUCUCAGUCCCUUAGAUGUUCGAGUUGCAAUCAUCCUCGCAAGUCACUACAUGUCUGUAAAGAGAUCAUCACAGAUGAUUCUUCACACUCCGAGAAUUCAACAAAAUUAAGACAAAUUUUCAAUCGAUCGGAAUUCGAGAUGGAUCUGGAGAAAUUCAGAUAAAAUCAAACAAAAUCGGGUAAAAAAUUUGAAAGAGACGUAGAUUUUGAUGCCCUGUGGUAGUCCGACGAACGAAGAACAAUAGCCGCCGGAUUUAAAGUUUACCUCGAGAGCAACACAGGUGACUUUCGCUUCUAGGGAACGAGUUGGGCGAAAACGGGAGAAAUCUCGCCAACCAGAUAGCGAAGCUAUAUAUAGAAAGACGGAAUGAGAGAUAAGAAAAAAAAGUGCAGAUCGUCGAAUCGCACGGAGGCCUGAAAUCUAAUGGAAACUGGGGGAGAAGAUGGGAGCCAUCUUAUAGUAAUGACCCAUUUGCCCCGAAAGAAAUACUGCCGGGCAAUUUUAAUCGGGGAUUCUCCUUUCACCAAAUUAUUUUUCUGUCAAACCCAGUUAUUUCAACUCCCUCUCCAAGCUUGAUGAAUCUCCUGCACAGCAUCAUUCAGAAUUCGGUUCCCAGAUCGAAAUUUAUCCCCAUGGCUGAACCGGUUCUCCUUCUUCUGAAUUAGUUCUAAAAAAUGAUGUCCCCUAAGCCAAUUUUCGAAGAUCGAGGCGGUUCUUCUCAGUCAGCCACGUUUAGGCAAACACCAUUGCAGAUAAUUCACAUUGUUGGGAACUUCUUGAGAAUAUGGUCAGUUUACUCAAUGUAUCGGUAUUUGUCGCAGACUGGGGCUUCUGUUGUCCUUUUUAUCUUCAGCUGUCUUGUUCCGUCUUGCAUCCUAUUUUUGAUAAUGCAAAAGCCAUGGAAGGGCAGGCCGCUGGCUAAUACACAGGUAGUGCCUUCUGUAAUAAACGGUGCCAUUACAGCUCUAUACUUCAUCAUGUGGGGGAAAGGCCUUAAAUCGUGUGGUCCUAUCCGAGCUAUAUUAGCUGAGUAUUCUGGUGCUGUUCUUGGUGUAGUAUCUGCUGUACUAUAUGGAAGGAAAGGCCAACUCUGGAAGAAGGUGGGAGGGCUCGUUGCAAUGCUGACAUCUUUCUACUUUUUGUCACAAGGAUGGGCAAUGGCCACAUAUUCACCAAUUUAUAUCCUUUGAUUGCUUGCAAACUCAUGUUGGGCAUGUUUGGAUUCUGAAAAAUGAUAAUGAAAGCACUAAUGAUGAUAAUGAGGGAAAGACGGAACAAGUUGUAGGCAUGAAGGAAAUGAUAAUCCCCAUCUUUGCUGGAAUUUUAUCAGCCUUGAGAAGAGUGAUUGCUAGGCGGGUGUCCCUUAAGAAUCAACUGAAGAGGCGACUCAAUGCCAUAACAGUUGCAUCUGCAACAUGUUUUUUGUUUCCGAUUGCCAUGUGGGACAUGAUUAUAGGAUCAACUAGUGUAGAGUUGCCGUUUUCUGCAUGGGCUUUUACAAGCACCAUCCUCUUUGGCAUCAUAUUGAUAUUCUACGUUGAUAGUAUUGCAGAGGAAAGGUUGCAAAUGGUUUUUUCUUCUCCAAGGCAUUUAAUGGCUGCCGGAGGAUGCAUCAUUGUCAUGGAAUUUGCAUAUAAAAUGGACUUCUCCCUACCUGGUUUUCUGAUUUGUGCAGCCAUUUUGGGAUUUGGGAUAUAUGAAGCAACAUCGUUGGACAUUACUAGGAAAGGUUCAAAUCAGAGCUCAAGUCUAUCAAAUGGGUUCUUGGAUGAUCGGGUUGAAAUGUCUCCUCUUCCAACUUAAUUUUUGCAGUAAAACUGCACAAAUUGGUCAAGUCUCUGGCAUGGCAACCCACAAAUUGUUCAAGUCUUUGCACAAAUUGUUUAUUGCAGCAAAACUGCAAAGAAAAAUGUGUCAUAUCUCGAGCUGCUGUCGUUUAACGAAACUCUUUACAUUUUCUUUUUUCCAAUGGUGAAGAGCUGGGAAGAAUAUUGUACAGACAUUGAUACCCUUUGUACUAACUAUAAUUUUUUUUGCUAGCGUUAGGGUGAAUACGAGCAUUUAAGUUCUGGAAU